UGUCCCCGCCUGCCGCAUUGCCAGUCCGACCCUCGGGCGGUCCCGGAGCACUCGGCACAGCGCAGCGCGGACCUCGGCAGGUGCGGUGACCAGGCGCCGCGCGGCGCUCCGACUCCCGAGCCCGCGCCCCGCGGCCCCGCGGCCCGCGCUCCCGAGGGCCGGCCCCCGACGAGGCGGCCGCCGGCCCCGCGCUCAGCAUGAACCGCGGCCACCGGCACGGGGUGAGCAGCUGCUGCCUGGGCACCAUGGAGGUGAAGAGCAAGUUUGGAGCUGAGUUUCGUCGGUUUUCACUGGAAAGAUCCAAACCUGGAAAAUUUGAGGAGUUUUAUGGACUGCUGCAACAUGUUCACAAGAUCCCCAACGUUGACGUGCUGGUGGGCUACGCAGACAUCCACGGGGACCUACUGCCCAUAAACAAUGACGACAACUAUCACAAGGCGGUUUCCACCGCCAAUCCACUGCUCAGGAUUUUUAUACAGAAGAAGGAAGAAGCCGACUACAGUGCCUUUGGUACAGACACCCUCAUCAGGAAGAAGAACGUGCUGAGCAAUGUGCUGCGUCCCGACAACCACAGGAAGAAGCCCCACAUCGUCAUCAGCAUGCCCCAGGACUUCCGGCCCGUGUCGUCCAUCAUAGACGUGGACAUCCUUCCAGAGACCCACCGGAGGGUCAGGCUGUACAAGUAUGGCACAGAGAAGCCCCUGGGCUUCUACAUCCGAGACGGCUCCAGUGUCCGGGUGACACCGCAUGGCUUAGAGAAAGUCCCGGGGAUCUUCAUAUCCCGGCUCGUACCCGGGGGUCUGGCCCAGAGCACGGGACUGCUAGCUGUCAAUGAUGAAGUUUUGGAAGUGAACGGAAUAGAGGUGUCGGGGAAGAGUCUGGACCAAGUGACUGACAUGAUGAUAGCCAACAGCCGCAACCUCAUCAUCACCGUGCGGCCAGCUAACCAGAGGAACAACGUUGUGCGGAACAGUCGGACUUCCGGCAGCUCCGGCCAGUCCACCGACAACAGCCUCCCGGGCUACCCGCAGCAGGUGGAAACCAGCUUUGAGCCAGAGGACCAGGACAGCGAGGACGACAUCAUCAUUGAAGACAGUGGUGAGCCGCAGCAGAUCCCAAAGGCUGCCCCGGAUGCCCAGAGCCUGGAGUCCCUGACGCAGAUAGAGCUUAGCUUUGAGGCGGGACAGAAUGGGUUCUCCCCUCUGCAGGACCCAGUGCCUGUGCCCAGCAACCUGGACACAGAGUUUGGACCCCACACUCCGGACCAGAGGCUGUUAGAGGAAGACGGAACGAUCAUAACGUUGUGAACCCGCCACGUGUGUUUUCCAAGCGCUAUAAAUGUAUCACAGGACUGAUGCUGUGGACCUCCGGGCCUCGCUGUCCCACGGGCGAGCCUGAAGUGUGGCUGGGAUGGCGUGACUGUUGACAGACCGCGACGAUGCAGGUGUGAGGCCUUUGCUGCAAUGUCUCCCUGGCCUGCAGAACCGUUCACUUGUCCUCCGUGAAGUCUGAUGUCCCCUUGGUCUGCUGGGAACCUCAGUGCUUGGGUUCCCAACAUCAAUGCAUUCUGACUUUUCCCAAUGUGUCUGUGUUAAUCGUGACAAAUCCUUUUUUCCACGUGCGGUUUUGUUCUGUUUUCCUGCUUGCUAAGACUUUCUGUAGCUAAGACUUUCUGUUUAGGGGCAGUUCCCAUUACCCCACCCUAGACCUGUUUUUGUCUCCAUCCUGUAGCUUCAGAGUUGCAGGGUGCUUCAGUCCUAUUGAUGCCCUUUAACUGCUAACUUUCCUCACCCCCAGCCCUGUGUGAGAUUGUCCCUGUGUGCGUGCGUGCCUGCGUGUGUUGUGCGUUUAGUGUGACCCAUGCUUCUCCAGUGUACCAGGCAGUGAGGAUCAUGUUGCAUCAAAAGGACCCCAGGUUAAGAGACUAACAAACAGAACAAAUGCACACUUUUUAUACAAAAGAUGAGUUUUUUCUUCCUGGGGAUUCUAGGGUGCUGCCUGUACUUCAGGAAGCCUGUGUCAAGUUCGCCACCCGAAGGGGUGUUAAUUGUGUGAGUUAUUUAUUCUCUUCUGCAUCCAUUCAGGAGGAGGGAACAGCAAUUAUUCUCCCCUCACCUGACGCCGUCGUGUUGCAUGCACAGGCACCGAGACCCUCAUGUGUGUCCCCAGGUGGACAGUUAUUUAUUACUUAACCUUAUGGUGGGGCAAGUAUGGACACCUCACAGUUGUGUACUUUUACAACAGCGAAGACUCCGAUGACUCCGAGUUGAAGGACGUUUUUUUCUCUACAGUAAGAGCCGGCAGAUAUGAAGUCUUGAUCCAGUGAGGGGAGCUAGACUCAAUCAACACCGAACAUGUUCUUUGCAGAUGCCUAGCUGAGGCUGGGCGGGGCGACCCCGUGGCUUUGUGUCGAGUUCACAACUUCUCCCUCUUACACAGCACCGCUGCUGACAGCAUUCUAGCCUCCGCACCGUCAGGGAGCUUUCGCAGUGUGGCUCUCGGGUGGAAGGUAACGUUAGGUGUAGAAGGCUCAGUUGUAUUCCUGAGCUAAGUGGCACACAGGCUCAACAUUGUAAGUACAAAUACUUCCACAUACUACCUCUCUCUUUCUCUCUCUCUCUUUUUUAACAGAGUUUUAACAUUAGAACUUUUCUCUUGGGGAAAAACUUCAGGGCUUGACUUUUGUACAAAUUUUAACUGUAAAACACAGAUUUAUCUCCUGUCUGAAAACAGAGCAAAGCUGCUGGCGCCUGUCUUACCUUAAGGACGAUAGUGUUUGUGUCAAGGUCUUACUGGUGAAGUAAGUGAGCCUUGGCUGUGGGGUCCAGUCCCGUUGGCUCGGUUCUUAUGCACCUUAAUGACAAGAACCGAAGCCUUAGCAGCUCAGCCUGCAGUCUGUUGUCGUGAAUGUCAAGCCUCACUGUGAAUUCUUCUGUUGUUAGUCACCUAUGUCAACAAGAUGCUGUGCUGUGUAAACCAUGAAUUUUCUAAUUAAAUUUUACAUGCUAUAACAUGAUUUUUACAUGAAUGAUACUUUGUUUAACCUAUCAAAUGUCAGUAUUUUACUACAAUUUUAUUAUAAAAUGUACAUUAUCACUAAAUGAACUUUGAUUUUAAAAAUCAAGUUAGAUUUAGUUACAUAUUAUUUUUUACCAAUAAAAACGGACUUGUAUAAAGGCUA